AUGGCGGUUCCUAAGGGGAAGCGCAGCAAGCACAAGUGCAAGCAGCGCCAGCUGAUUUAUUUCUUUGACCAGUUCGAUGGCGUCUUCAAACGCAGGAGAGAAUCCUUUUACCGAUCUUUCUACAGUCCGCCGUACUUCUCGAAGCUAACACACCAAACCAGCGGGUCUCCAUCCGUUCUAAGGCCUUUCAGAUUCCCCGGCUUCUGGCCUGGCAGAUUUGCUUUCAAAAUGGCGUCGGCAAUCUUGACCCGCGGGAGAGGGCAGUAA